CAUAAAUAAACGUAAUAAAUUCAAUUGUCUGAUGGCUGAAUUCACCUUUUGUUCUCAAUUAGCAGUGUGAGCUUUUUUUCAUGAUAAAUAAAUGUGAAAAAUAGGUAAAUAAAAGCCUACCUUUAUGCUAAAUUGUUUAGGAAUUAGUAUUUCAAUUAACUGUUAGUGGCUUUGUGAAAUAGAUGAUUCAUUCAAUUUUUGUGAUUAUUAUUUUUCUUUUAAGUGGCCUUAACUCAGAUCGUUUUUAAUAUAUAACUACUCAACUUCAAUGACAAGAAUAAAGUUUUAUUCUAUUUAAGACGAGAAUUCCCCAGAAAUGACGUUUUACUUCAUUCGCUCAUAAGGUUGAUUGAUUAGCAAAAACCUCCUUGUUGCAGUUCAAACAAAACAAACAGAAGUUAUUCCUCCUUAUGAAAAUGUCUAAUCUAAAAGUGAGUUCCGGCCUGGAAGAAAAGCUCAACUCUCUUGGCAGUAAUAAGCCGGAUUUGUCAGAAGCACCGCCUAUUCACCAGAAACGGCUGGUUACAUUUUUCAACCAUUACAUCCUUUCCACCGUAGAGUUCAUCAAUGCCUUCUCCGAGUCUUGCGCAAACAAGUUGUUCCUCUUCGACCAGAAAAUAUGCAAAAUCGAAGCGGAACUUCGCCUUUUGGAGACUAAAAUCAAUUCAAUACCCGAGCUAGAGGACAAGAAAGAUGUGAAUGUGACUUUACCGUCACCACAGAAGCUUAACACAGACAUUCCUGAGGACAAAAAAUCAGAAAACGAAGAGAAUAAGGAAUCCUCCCAAUCAGAGACAAAAAGCGAAUUGGAUCCGGCAAUAGCAAAAUAUAUUAAGAUGGUAAGGGUCGGAGUUCCAUUGGAACACGUCAAGCAAAAAAUGAGGCAGGAGAACAUAGAUCCAGAUCUGUAUUUAUAGCAAAGACUUCUAUUAUUUGACAUGUGAUACAAAAAUAAUUAUGCUGUACAUAUUGAAUACAUGCAAUUUUAUAGUGUUAA